AUGAUUCGACAGGAUGCCCAUCGUAUCGAUCCCAAGCGUAGGCCGGCCAUCGAUCCAAGGAAGAGGCAGUUCGCCGCGCCAGCCUUCAAGCAGCAGGAUUACCCGUACCGUCUAAAUUUGUACGAUACGCCGCCAACAGCCGAAAUAACUCUGGAACAAUUUGAGCAGUGGGCAAUUGACCGUCUCAAGGUCUUGGCCGAGAUCGAAGCAUGCUCCUACCGCAAUAAGUCUCCCGCAGAGACUGCAUCACAUAUUACUCCUCUUUUACAGAAAUUCUUGCCUCUUUCUUCGAACACGUCAUCUCCAAAUGGAGCUGCCGAUCCCCGUUUGAAACUUGAACGUCAAAAAGACCACUACUCCCACUUUAUCCUACGCCUGGCCUUCUCCGCCACGGAAGACCUCCGUAGACGAUUUGCACGCUCUGAGACUAUGCUUUUCCGCUUUCGUUUCCAACAGGAUGACUCGAGAGAGCGACGUGCGUUUAUCGACAGUUUGAGUCUAGACUGGGAACCGGUUAGCGCGGAAGAGCGAAAUGAGGUUGCCGAGGGACUUAUGAGCUCUACGCCUGGCUUGCGGCGAUUGGAUGAGGAGACCUGGUUUAAAGUGGACUGGGAAACUGUCCCCGAGCUUGUUGAGCGACGAAUAGUUUUUCUCAAGAAGGGCAAAGCUUAUGUUCCUGGAAGAGAACAGCUGAGCAUGAUCAUGGCAGAGUUCACAGCACGCCUAGAACGUGCUCUCGAGCUCACAGCCCGAGCCCUGCCACGAUUGGAUGAGGAUGAUCGUCUGACUCCGAUUUUGAACCAUCUCUCUAAGAACUUCGGCAGUGCCGAGUCGGUGUACUCUGAAGGUGAAGGACAUGUUGAUGGAGCAGCGAUCACAGCCGGUUCUGUCGACAAUCUCUCCCAGCACUUCCCACUUUGUAUGCGUAGCCUACAUAUGAACCUUCGCAAGAACAACCACCUGAAGCACUUCGGCCGUCUCCAAUACACUCUUUUCCUGAAGGGAAUCGGCCUCUCGCUGGAAGAAUGUAUAAUCUUCUGGCGUCAGUCUUUCAAGGGAAAGACGGAUGACGAGUUCAACUCCCAAUACAAGUAUAAUAUUCGCCACUCCUACGGAGAUGUCGGUGGUGAUGUGAACCGUCGCGGUCGAGGGUAUCCACCAUACUCGUGCCAGAAGAUCUUAGGUGACAACAAUGUCGGCAUUGGCCAGACACAUGGAUGUCCCUACCGUCAUUACGCUGUCGACAACUUGGUUGGUCUACUCCAGUCCACUGGUGUCCAUGACAAGGAAAUACUGCGGGGGGUGCGUGAGGAUGUGGGCAAGCAAAGGUAUCACAUUGCCUGUAAUCGUGUCUUCGAAUGGUCGCACAAGACCGAGAUUAAGAAGGUCAAGGAAGAUGGAACAUGGACACAGGCAGAUCUGGAUACCAUUGUCCAUCCCAACACCUACUUCAAGCGCAGUUACUUGCUGAAGCAGCUGGCCAAGGCUCCACAGCGGGAGUGA